ACCACCACACCACCAUCCAGCUUAUACGCAUUUAUUGUAUUUUAUUUUAACUACAACCCACCACACAAGACCUGCUCGUCCCGUCUAGUGUAGGUGUAGUUUAAUUAUCUAGCCAGGCAAUCCAACCGCCCAUGUGCCACCUAGUCAUCCAUGGAGGAGGCAGUAUUCGAGCGCAUCCCCCGCUUGCGUAUUAUUAUUUUUCGCCAGUGCCAGUACGGCGUACGACCCGCGGACGUGCCACGCCAUUUAAAGCAGCAGCACCAAUACAGCCACCAGGCCGCUUGCCAGGUUGCCGACGCGGUGCGCCAAUGGGAGGAUAUCGAGCAGGAUAGUGAUUCAAUCCAGGUCCCCCGCCAGCUGGAAGCACCCCUGCCCAUCAUCCCAUGCCACGUGGGAGGGUUAUUAUGCCAGCGGGGUCCCCCGCAGUGCCAGUACGUGGCAUGCAACAUGGACGCCAUGCGCAAGCACUGGCGCACCAUCCACCAGUGGUCCCAGCAGACGCGCGCGGGCCGCGUGGGCCAGAGGGAGCGGGCGCGCGGGCAGGCAGAGCUAGCCCGGUCAUUCACGCGCGUGGCGUGGCAGCAGGUGUUCCCCACGCGCAAGGGUUCGCAUUACAUCCACAUUAAAUACCCAGACGGCCGCCCAAGGAGCCCGCUGCCACCCGCAGAGCAGGCCCAGCAGGCUGUGGAUGCCAUGGUCAUUGCAUGGGAGCAGGCGCGCGCGCAGGCCGCGGAGCAGGCCACUAUCCAGGCGGACGAGGCGGCUGAUGCCAACCCGUGGCUGCGCAUGACAGGGUGGGCGAGGUAUUUAGACGGGGUGCACCCGCAGGAUUUGCGCCAGCUAGUGGAGGCGCCCGUGGAGGCGGAGGCAGAGGUGGUGGAGGUAGAUAUAGCAAGGGAUCCCAAGGCGGAUCCCACUGAGCAGGGCGUGCGGUGUGGCGCGGGCAUCCGCGUGGAGGCGGCCCGUACAGAGGCGGGCCAGACGCCAUACAAGCCACUGCAGGCGUACAUGGACGAGGCGAGCAUUGAGAAGCACGUGCAGCCAUGGCAGCAGGUGUUGGCAUUCAUCGCGCGCACGCAGGCUACCCAGGCAAGCCCGAGCCAGGAUGAUGAUGAUGGUGGUGAUGAUAGCAGUGGCCGUGGCCAGGGUAAGUAG